GGAACCAGCUUCUCUUCUGCUCCUCUCCUCCUCCGUUUUGAACCGUUGUUCUUCCCUCUUCGGGUUUUAAUUGUGUUCGUGGAGAGACGAGCGACUUGUUUCAGGGCCAGGGAACCGGAAGUCACGUGCUGAAGGUCACGGGAAGCGCACGCGCGUUUAGCUCUAGCGUUAGCCCGGAAAAGAUUUUACACCGAGCGGUAAAUUAUGACUUUUAUUUUAAUUUUCCAUCAACACUUAACAACUGGAACCGAGUCUUAAUUUAUGAAGCUGGACAGAGCUCCAGUUAUACAAUAUACAGGUCGUCGAUGACCUCUGACCUCUGCCAUCAUGGCGUCUCCGCCUGACGUCCUGAAGACGCCAGCUGACCUGAGACCAGCUGUGGGGCCUGAAGGCGACCUCUCGACCUCGGCCCUGAGGCCGCUCUCCGUCCGCCUGGUGGACUGCAUGAAGCCUCCGGGCCUCAUCAAGGUGGAGUUGAAGGAGGAGGCGGGCGACGGCUUCGAGAGCCCGGAGGUGGACCGGUACCCGGAGGUGGACCGGUACCCGGAGGUGGACCGGUACCCGGACUGGUGCGGCACCGACGCCGGAGCGCCGAUGGACCUGUAUAAGGUAGAAGUGGAGGAGGCCGAAGACCCCGACCGGACCAGAACCGGAGGACCGGGUGAACUGAAGGAGACGCUGCUGGUGUUCCAGGAGGCCGGCGGCGUCUUGGACCGGGUGGCGUGGCUCAUUCAGGACUACGGACCAUCGGAGUCCCUCAGAACCACCUCGCCACCGGGUUCAGAGGAACCAGGGGAGGAAGCCGAGAAGGUCUCCACGCCAGAGCAACGCGGAGCGGAAGAAGCGACGGGGAACCGGCAGGAAGCCGCGUCCGAGCGCCGGCGUCUCCGCUGUGAGGAUUGUGGGAGAUCCUUCGCGAAGAGGAGCAACCUCACCCGACACCGGUCGCACCACUGCGGCGCCAAGAGGGGCGCGGCGAGCCCGCCGGGGUCGGAGCGAGAGGCGCGUUCGUGCGGCGGCUGCGGCCUGACGUUCCCGACCGAACGCCACCUGAGGCUGCACGCGCGCAGCGAGAACCACGACGGGAAGGAGGCGGCUCCCCGAGAGAGGAGUCACGCCUGCGGGCAGUGCGACAAGAGCUUCUACUUGCUGCACACCCUCCGGCAACACCUGCUCACCCACACGGGGGCGAAGGGUCACGGCUGCACGGUGUGCGGGAAGCAGUUUGGGAGGGAGGGCACGCUGAAGCUGCACCAGCUGACCCACACGGGGGAGAAGCUGUUCACCUGUGAGCAGUGCGGCAAGAGCUGCGCCCGGAAGGGAGACCUCAAGACGCACAUGCUCAGCCACUCCGAGGAGAGGCCUCACGUCUGCGGCCGCUGCGGCACGACCUUCAAGCAUCCGGCCAAGCUGAAGCAGCACGAGCGGCUUCACACGGGGGAGAAACCGUACCAGUGCGAGCUGUGCCCAAAGCGCUUCAGGGUCCAGAUGUCCCUGGCGGCGCACCAGUACACCCACUCGGGGGAGAAACCCUUCAAGUGCAACAUGUGCCCCAAGGCCUUCAGCGUCAGGAACAACUUGAAGAAGCACAAGAUGAUACACACGGGGGAGAAACCGUACCGCUGCUCGCACUGCGGCAAAGGCUGCCGCCUGCUGCAGCACCUGGUCGUCCACGAGCGCGGCCACACGGGCGAGAGGCCGUACGCGUGCGACGCCUGCGGGAAAGGUUACACCAACCAGUCGGCGCUGAAAACGCACCGCGCCACGCACCGCGAGAAACCGCCGAAAACCGGCGUUGAGCUCCCGGACGACCCCGAGACGCCGGAGAAACCGUACUGCUGCUCCCAGUGCGGCAAGUCCUUCACCCAGGCCGUGAACCUGAAGAAGCACCGCAUGAUCCACUCGGGGGAGAGACCCUACGGCUGCAAAGCGUGCGGGAAGCAGUUCAACGACAAGAGCAACCUCGCCAAACACGUGCGUAUUCACACGGGAGAGAAACCCUUCGAGUGUGAACACUGCCAGAAGGGCUUCAGGCUGCUGCAGCACCUCUCUAGCCACCGACUCACACACCAGAAACACUGAACCAGAACGGGGGUCC